CGAGAGGGAACAGAAGGACUCGGUGCUGGGAGUCAGGACUGUGUCGUCAUCAUCAUCAUCAUCCAGUUUUUUCAUGCCCCAGAUUUCCAAAAUGUCCGACAUGGAGGAUUUGGCCAAGCCGAGCGUGCAGGCCAACGCUUCAGAGAGCUACCCGCUGAACCCGGCCAGCGUGAUCGUGUCGGUGGUCUUCUCGCUCAUCUUCCUGCUGGGCACGGUGGGCAACAGCCUGGUGCUGGCCGUGCUGCUGCGGAGCGGCCAGGUGGGCUACAACACCACCAACCUGUUCAUCCUCAACCUGAGCUUGGCCGAUUUCUUCUUCAUCAUCUUCUGCGUGCCCUUCCAAGCCACCAUCUACUCGCUGGACGGCUGGGUGUUCGGCUCGUUCAUGUGCAAGGCCGUGCACUUCUUCAUCAACCUCACCAUGUACGCCAGCAGCUUCACACUGGCCGCCGUCUCUGUCGACAGGUACUUGGCCAUCCGCUACCCGCUACGCUCCAGAGAGCUGAGGACGCCAUGCAAUGCGGUGGUCGCCAUGGUGAUCAUUUGGGGCCUGUCCUUGGUGUUCGCGGGGCCCUACCUCAGCUACUACGACCUGAUCGACUUCGCCAACAGCACCGUGUGCAUCCCCGGCUGGGAGGAGCGCGACCGCAAGGCUCUGGACACGUGCACCUUCCUGUUCGGCUACGUCGUCCCCGUGCUGAUCGUCAGCCUGUCGUACACGCGCACCAUCAAGUACCUGUGGACCGCCGUGGAACCCCUGGACGGCAUGUCCGAGUCCAAGCGGGCCAAGCGCAAAGUGACCAAGAUGAUCAUCAUCGUCACGGUGCUCUUCUGCAUCUGCUGGCUGCCCUACCACGUGGUCAUCCUGUGCUACCUGUACGGCGACUUCCCCUUCAACCAGGUCACCUAUGCCUUCCGCCUCCUGUCGCACUGCAUGGCCUACGCCAACUCCUGCGUCAACCCCAUCGUGUACGCGCUGGUUUCCAAGCACUUCCGCAAGGGCUUCAAGAACGUCUUCAGCUGCCUGCUCAGCAAGAACGGUCGCAACAAGGUUCACGUGGUGCACGUGGCCAACACCGUGCCGGGUUUCGAGGGGGCAUCCACUGAGGUGUCGCAGAUGAACGAGGAGAACGCCCGGCAGAACGAGUGCGAGAUGACGAACAGAAGGGCGGCCGAGCCCCGGGAGGCCACGGUCACCCUAAACCUGCCCUUUCACCAACCCACCUGAGCGUAUUAGAGAUUGGUGACAGAAGAGGGGCACCACAUCCUGUGCAUUCAUCUGGAGCUGUGCGCCCUGGUUUGACCAGUACUGUUUGUGUCUAUUUUCUAUUGCCCUCAUCUUCAUGAGGGUUUCAGGCAAGCGGGAGCAAAUCCUAACUGACUUUUGCCAAGAGACGCAGCAUACCCCCUGGAUUGGUCACUACCAGAUUGCAGGGCGCAUACAGACAAAGAACCAUUCACAGAUAACCAUUCAUCAUGUAUAUGGAGCCUAUAUCCCACAAGACUUUUGGCAAGAGAAGCAGGGUCACCACCGGAUUGAAGGGCACAUACACUAUAGGCAACAAUUGACAGCUAAUGAAAGUCAUCCAUCUUAUAUAUAGAGUCGAUUCCAAGAGAAUUUUGGCGAGAGAAGCGGGGUACAACUUGAACAGCUCACCAGCUAAUUUCAGGGCAAAUAUACACAAACAACCAUUUACACUAUGGUUGAACGUAACAUACAGUUGAAACCAGAGGCCUACAUUCACUACAUAAAAAGAAAUCCAGUUUUUUUUUCACUUUCUGACAUGAAAUGAAACAAAACCUUUCCUGUUUUAGGUAAAUUCCGAUCACCAAAAUUAUUUCCAUUUGCUAAAUGCCAGAAUAAAUAGAGAAGUUAUUUUUUUAAAGGCAAUUUUUCAUUACUUUCUUCAGAGUCAUACAUUUACAUACAGUAAGAUUACUAUGCCUUUAAACAAUUUAGGAAUUUAGAUGAUGUCAUUUCUUUGGAAACUUCUGAUAGGUUGAUUAAAAAUGUGAGUUAAUUAGAGACUUACUUGUAGAUGUAUUUGAACUAGGCCACCUGAAACACAUUGCUUCUUUGUGUAACAUCACGGGAAAGUCAAAAGAAAUCGGCCAAGAUAUCAGGAAGACAAUUGUGGAGUCUGGUUCAUCCUUGGGUGAAAUUUCCAGAUGCCUCAAUGCACCAUGUUCAUCUGGUCAAACAAUUGUAUGCAAGUAUAAACACCAUUGAAAUGUCUGGCCCUGCCGCUCAGGAAGGAGACGAGUUCUGUGUCUCAGAGAUGAACAUGCUUUGGUCUGAAAUGCGCAUAUCAAUCCAAGAACAAAAGCAGAAGACCUCAUGAAGAUGCUGGCUGAAGCUGGUAAGAGUGUGUCAUGAUCCACAGUGAAACGAGUACUGUACCGACGCGGGCUAAAAGGCCAUUGUGUCAGGAAGAAGCCAUUGCACCCCCAAAAAAUAUAUAUAAAAAAGAGAUUUAAUUUCCUGUAGUCUGAUUAAACUAAAAUUUAACUGUUUGGCCCUAAUGAGCGUUGUUACAUUUGGGGGAAAAAGAGGGAAGUCUAAGAACACCUUCCCAACUGUGAAAUAUGGGGGUGGCAGCAUCAUGUUGUGGGGUUGUUUUGCCACAGGAGGGACUGGUGCACAUCACAAUAUAGAUGGCAAAGUAAAAAAAAUCCUUCUCUCAUUAUUCUGGCAUUUAGCAAAUAAAAUAAUAUUUUCCUAACUGACCUAAGACAGAAAAUCUUUAGUCAGAUUUUAUGUCAGACUGAUGGAAAAAAAAGUGAGUCUUUUUAUAUAGUGUAUGUAAAAUUCUGGUUUCAACGGUACAUGUUUUGGAGUAUGGGAGGAAACCAUACUGUGGGAAAUCAAUGAAGAAGUCAGCGCAUGUCUAUUUUGUUUGGACGACACAUCUCAUAUCCCGUCGUUUGGCGGUGUUGUGGAGAACACAGUGGAAGGUCUUAACACAAUGCUGGUCAACCUCUUCAGAUUCUGAAAGUGUCGGAAAUGCUGCAAACUGAAACCAUCCAUCACAAUGACAGUAGACUGUCUUUUGUCAAAAGAGAGUACUGUAUAUGCGUGUGUAUGUCUGCAUGCAAAAAGGCACAUACGUGUCAGUGUGAUGUGUUCUCGGAUAACGUGAGCGUGCAUUUGUGUGACCUGUCGACACUGAACUUGAUGCUCAAUGUGUGUGUAUAUUUUCAUUGACAGUAGUUAUUGGCUCAUCUGUACCAUGUCUGUUUCAUAUAGAUCACUUAUUUUUAUUUCAUACCUGUCCUAUUCUAUUUAAUAAUUUUCACGUUUGAUUUUAUUCCAUACCAAAUAUGCUAUUUUCUCAUUUUUUCAUUUUGUAGCUUUAUUUCAUUUUACACUUAUUUUAUUUUAUUAUUGGAUUUUAUUGUUAUUUAGCUUUUUAACUUUUGUAUCUUGAUUUUUCACCUCUAUUUAAUUUUUGGGUGUUAUUCAUCAUUGUUUGAUUUUUUUUUAUAUUUUAUUUUGUCACUUUUAUUGUUUUAUUUAUUUCUAGACCACCUUUUACUCCACAUAAUGUGUUUUUAUUUUAUUUUAUUAUUCAUUUUAUUUAUUUUUCCAUGUUUUAUUUUCUCUUUAUUUUAUAUAUAUAUUUUGUAUUUUCUUAUUUUUCUUAUUUACAUUAAGUGUUUUGUAAUCCAAAUUUAUAUUUUAACUUUUUUACUUCAUACACUACAUUUAUGUAUUUACAUUUUUUUAAUCCUUACUUAUUACAUCCCUUGUGUGCAAGUGUAGCUGACCCUGUAAAUUAUUAUAUUUAUUUAUAAAUUCAUAAAUACAUUAUAUUUACUUUGAUGAAAAAAAAAAAUCCUUUUAAAUGUAG